AUGGCUUCAUUCCAGACCAUCUCACUCCACAUCAAUCCUACUCGAUACAAGUGCUCGCAAGGUUCCUCGUUUUUCCUCUCUCUAUCUGGCACAACAGUCAUCCGACGUCAGGGAGGAACCUCGGUCCUAAAUCCUCAGUAUGUGAGUCAUAUUGCUGACCUCGUUGAUGCUCUGGCCAAGAAGGUGCUCAAUCUCCCGCGGAAGGACAUUCUGAUUCUCUCGUAUUACAACGAGAGGCACCGGGUCCUAUCUGGGCCGCUUCGAAAUCUCGGCCACUCAAAGGUCCGUGUUAAGCGUGGACUCCUCACAGGGCUCCAAAAGCCCUGUCAGGGAUUGCAGGUCUGGGAGCGCCUUGUCAAGCAACACGAGCAGACUUCUACUUUGUGUCGCGUGAAGGGUAGUUUAGCCCUUCUCAAGCAGCAACUCAGGAUCUCCGAAGGAAGUUCCGGAUAUGAGCGUGCUCUUCGUUGA